AUGACGCGGCUGAUGGUGACAGCACAAGAGACAACUCUAGGGUCUCUUCAGAGGAGUUCCCAGGUCAAAGUGCUAAUUGUGUGCCAGCGUUCUUCACUCACAAAAAUCUACAAGGCCACAAGAGUUGGGGGCUCAGGCAGUGACGACCGCUUGGAGGAGGUCAUCCAACUGUACUGGCUGGAGAAGAGGAAGGAGCCUCCGAAAGAAGCCAAAGCCCUUGUAGCCCCAGGAACAGCAGCCAAGAGCAAGUUUGUGGACCGGUCCUUGUGUCGGGCAGACAUGUCUGUGGAGCUGAUGUGCACUGAAGGGAUCCUGGACAUUUCCAAAAUGAUCCCGACCCCCAGGGAGGGUGGUGACAGACCUCUGUCUGAGCCUUCCUGCUCAGAAGGUGACAGCAGCUCCGUGGACAGUGACGACAGCCUAGAGCAGGAGAUCCGGAUGUUUUGGGCACUAAAAGCACAGGCCAGGAGGGACACCUGCCCACAGUCCUCACACAGCCCACUGGCCAUGCCUGGCCCCAACGGGCAGGCUGGUGGCCCCAAGGCCCCUAUCUCUAAAACACUGGACCUGUCGCUGAGAUGCAAAGGGCAAUGCAGAGGUGGCGGCAACACCCUGUGGCCGUCCAUACCCAAGAAAACAAGAGAGGUGGCAAAGGAGGGUGCCCCAGAUGCUGCCCUCGGCCAGAGAAAAGCACAGCCCAGCCAAGGAAAAGCCAGCGAGGCGCCUGGAAGGGAGGGCAGGCCAGGAGGUAGCCUCUCCCCUGCAGGACUGGGCAGCGUGUCACUGGGCCACGGGAAGGCUGUGGAGGCAAGGAGUGUGGACGAGAAGGAGAGCUCCUAGGACAGGAGUAGCUCACUGGACAUCGGCGAGGACCUGGACACCGCCAUUAAGGACUUGUUACGAUUCAAGUGGAAGCUCAAGAAGCCUUGUAGGUGUUGAGACCCCAGAGCUGUGUGCAGGAAGGUGCACGGAGACACGGGCCCUGGGUCAGCGGGUGGCCUCCAGAGAGGCUGGAAGGACAGAAGCCCGCCCUUGUUGAAAAGCCGCCUGUCAAAGUCCAAAAGGGACAGCAGGGAGGACCCACUGAGGAAACCUUCCAGCAGCUCGCACAGCCCCACAGAGAGAACAAAGCUGUGCAGGGCUGGGCCUGGCCCUUGAGCACGUCCCUGGCCUUCCCAUCAAGUUAAAGAGCCUGGGAAGGGCAUCUGUUCUCCACGACCUUCACCAAUCAGCCGCCAGCCCCAGCUCUCAGUCUGACACAGUUCCGUGGACAGUGACAACAGCAUCGAGCUGGAAAUCUGGAAGGUUUUGGCCAAAAAGGACAAGGAGUCCAUGAGCAGUUCAGAAAUUCAAGGAGGGGGUUCCCACCAUGCUCGGCUGGGAGGUGUGCCCUGGCCAGAGCCACUAUGCCGGAAGGUGGUGGCCCCAGCCCUGGUCACACAGGGCCGGAGGGGCAGGGGGACCCCUCAGCCAGCUACGGACCGAGGGGUGGCCCCGCACAGAGCCGGCCUGCCUCCCCACUGCUCUGUCCAGAGACCAGCUGGCGCCACCCAGGAGCACCAGUGGGACCCUUUGUCUGCCAGGUAUGAGAAAACUUUAUCCUCACAAAGACCAGAGCCCACGGUGGCCCACAGUUGGGGCCUUGCCCAUGACCUCUGGGAGCUGCAGGCCAGAAGGGGACAGGGAGGGGGACCCCAGGUCCACCUCGCUCUCCCACAGGGCGACUUCACCCACCAGAGUUGGCUACAGAGCACGUGGGCGCUGAGCUUGGAAGGCAGGGAUAUGGCAUGGAAAGGGGAACUGGAGAAAUGCCUCCUGGGGGGCUCGCCUUCUGGGACCGCAGAGUGGCCCGUGUUUGGAAGCUCACACUUGCUCAUGAAGAAGAAGUGUGGGCACUGGCCCAAGAGGAAGGCACUGGCAGCACUUGGCUCACACGACAGCAGGAACUUGGGUUCAGACGAGGACAUUUUAGACCUGAGGUAUAGAUGGAGGGUGGAUAGAGGAGGAGAACAGGAGGCAUGGGGCAGUGACCCCAGUGAGCUGAGCGACAUCUCCAUGGAAGACGGUGGCCCACGGUCAGGGGUAAAGUCCUCAAGCUGUGAGUACAGGUCCUGGUGCCAGCGUAUCUGUGGAUGGCGCAUGUAUGUGCUUGUACCUGUGCAUGUAUAG